AUGGGUGAUAACUCCAUUGUUGGUGUUGUUGCUACUGCCUCUACAUAUUUGUGUGUUUCUGAUUCUAUUCCAGGUACUGGCUUCAAUAUUUGGAUAAUUGACACUGGUGCUUCUGAUCAUAUGACUUAUGAUGCUGAAUUUUUUGUUGAGUUGUAUAGUAACACUCGUGACCUAUACAUAACUAGUGCUAAUGGCUUGCCCUCUCCAAUUACUGGUGAGAGCACAAUCUCUCUCACUCCUACUUUGUUCUUGUCUCGAUCUCAAUACUCACAAGACGAUUGGGCAUGGUAA